UCCACUGCUGUCAUUUUAUAUGUAUAUGGUUACAAUUAUCUGCGUUCCCAAUGUGCCUAUGAUGUAGCACCGGGCGGGCUGUUAGCUAGUGUAUAUCAUCUUACGAGAAUAGAGUAUGGUAUAGAUCAACCAGAAGAAGUAUGUAUAAAAGUAUUUGCCCCAAGGAAGAAGCCCAGAAUUCCAUCUGUUUUCUGGGUUUGGAAAAGCGCGGAUUUUCAAGAAAGGGAAUCUUAUGAUAUGUUGGGAAUCUCUUAUGAUAAGCAUCCACGUCUGAAACGUAUCUUAAUGCCGGAAAGCUGGAUAGGGUGGCCUUUACGUAAGGAUUAUAUUGCCCCCAAUUUUUAUGAAAUACAAGAUGCUCAUUGA